UGUUCCCUUUCCGCUCCUGCAGAACAAUCAGCACAUUCACGAGCAGGAUUCAGUCAGGAGUUUAAUAUCUCUAGAGAUUUACCUUCUGUUUACCUUCUUUAACUUCUCUCUGAAUGUCACAUUUGUUCACACGCGCCUCAUACAAUGAGGAUUAUAAUCUGGAUUUUUGCGGCCGCUAUGUUCAACAUUGUUUCUGCGCAACGACAACGAAGACCAGUGUUUUCAUGUGGCGGGAACUUUACAGGAGACACGGGAUUGAUUGGGAGUCAGGGCUACCCUGCCGUCUACCCACCCAACAACAAAUGUGUGUGGAGAAUUACAGUCCCUCAGGGGAGGGUGGUCUCCCUCCUGUUUCGAGUCCUGGAUCUUGAGAGUGAUAAUCUUUGCAGAUACGAUUAUGUAGAUAUAUAUGACGGACACAUCAAUGGCCAGCGUCUUGGCCGAUUCUGUGGAACUGCUAGACCCGGAGCGCUGGUCACCAAUGGAAACAAGAUGCAAGUGGUCAUGGUGUCGGACGCCAACACAGCUGGGAGUGGUUUUGUAGCUGUAUACUCAGCAAUUCGCCCAAAUGAAAGAGGUGACCGGUAUUGUGGGGGUCUUUUGGACAAACCCAAUGGGACAAUAAAGACCCCUAACUGGCCAGAUAGGGACUAUCCUCCAGGAGUAACAUGUUUCUGGCAUAUUAUUGCCCCUCAGGAACAAAUCAUUGAGUUGAAGUUUGAGAAGUUUGAUGUGGAGAGAGACAGCUACUGCCGCUAUGACCAUGUGGCCGUGUUUAAUGGGGGAGAAAUGAAUGAGUCACAGAAGAUCGGCAAGUUCUGCGGAGACAGCCCACCCAUCCCAAUUUAUUCUGAUGGCAAUCAUCUCCUUGUCGUGUUUAUAUCUGAUCUGAGUCUGACUGCGGAUGGAUUCAUUGGUCAUUACCAGUGUAAACUGAGGAGUCUGAGCACAGCCAGUUCCCCUCUUACUCCCGCGCGCACAACCCCACCCACCACACGACCCAUAGCUCUUACAUAUUCGGAAGAUCUUUGCAAGCAGAAAUGCAAAAGGACUGGAACAAUUGAAAGUCAUUACUGCUCUAGUAACUUCGUGAUUACUGCCACUCUUAUCUCAGCGGCCAUGAGGAACCAGAGCAUCCUCGCCACUUUCUCCAUCAUGCAUCUUUAUAAGGAAGGAAGUUUAGCCAUCCAGCAGGCCGGGAAAACCAUGAGCACCAAAGUCACAGUACUUUGUAAAAAAUGCCCUCUGGUCAGAAGAGGUCUGAACUACAUUGUCAUGGGACAGACAGAUGAUCAGGGACAUGGUGUCAUUGCCCCCAAUAACUUUGUGAUGGCUUUCAAAACCAAGAAGCAAAGAGAUCUGGGAGUGCUGAAGAAUAUACACUGCUGAUGUGAACAGGUCAUCUCCGGCCCCUAAGGUUUUCUGUGUCUGCCAAAAACUAUUUCGAUUGCCACUUUGGCAUGCUGCAGUUAACAGUGAUUUAUGGUGCUUUUAAAAAGAUGUCUUACUGAUGUGUUACUACCAUACUUUUAUCUAGAUAAUUGACCUCAAACAUGCUUUAUUGUUUAUGAAUACUAUCUUUAUGGAUGGUUGGGAAGUUUAAACUUUCAACAGCAUAUUACAUUAACACAACAGUUAAUGUUUCAGGAUUUGAGUCUGAUCUUUUGACAUUUCUAAAGCACUUUUUUGAAGUCUUUAGCCCAUUAAAAAAAAUCUAUAUUUCUAUUUGAGAUAAAGCUUGAACUCCUGACCUUGGCAUGUCUUCAUAAAUACUGCUGUAGAUAAUGUAUUGUAUUGGCCGAAUGUUCCAUGGGGUUUGAUAUUGUACAUCUUUAGUAUUCAAUCAGUAUAGAAACAACACUACCUUUUUAGGGUCUUGUGUUUUUUCUUGGAAAAAUAUUGUUUGUUAUAUUUGGGUUUUGGAGAAAGACUACAUUUAAAAAACUUUAGAGGAUUUUAAAUAUAUAUGAUUACAGUACAUAUAACCAGUGAUGCCCUCAGAUUUGGCCAUUGAACAAGAAGCUUUUUUCUGUUGUUGCAGAGAAUAGAAGGAACAGUGUGUAUAAAUGCAGGCAUUAACUCUGUCAUUUGCAGUAGCUGGGUGGUGGUGACAUUUACGUAGCAGGAGAUGUGGACAUGUUGGCCUUUGAAUCUGACAUUUAACUAAUAUAACUAGUGUCGUGAUGAGUGAACUAAGAUAGAAGAUGACAAAAUGAAACGUUGUUAAUGUGAAGUGCCGAGUAACAUUUGUAAUAUGGUAACCAAGGUCACUAGAGAAAGUUCCUGGCCCUUUUACCUUAUGCAGAAUCUUUUUUAAAUGUAAAAUAUAUUAAAAUUUAGCGAUUUUAGACAAUAUUUAAUAAAAGCUUACAGAAAUAUGCUUUGGUCAAGCUUAUGCACUUAUAUGGAGUUAAAGGAACAGUAUGUAGGAUUUUGGCCAAAACUAGUAUUGCAAUCACAAAACUUGUGGCUAAAACUGGUACUGCAAUCACACAACUGGUGGCCAAAAGACAAAAUGACAACAUCAGUUGAGGGCUGCAACUCCACUUUUUAAAUGACGAUAUCCUGGCCAGACCACUGUUGUUAGUGAUAUAAGUAUUUGAAAUGAAAAUGAUUUCUAAAUGUCUAGUGACAUAUCAGGGCCAUUUUAUGAUUAAUUGCUAUAAAUUUCUUACAUACUGUUCCUUUAAUCAUAGCUGCUGUUGCUAUAAAGUACUGGCGAAAACAUUGCCAAAAAGAUAAAAGCAUGCAUAUUUAAAUGUGCCAUUCAAUAAAAACUGUAUUUAUCUAGGCAUAGAUGAAUAAUAAGAGCUCUGUACAUGGUUACGACAUAUUGUGAGCCUUUAAAUGCGUUUGUUUCCUCAUUUUUAUUAAAACCUUGUGCAAGCAAAAGACUGCAGGAAAAUCUCAAAAUAACACAGACUGCUACGUCGCAGUCGAGAUGUGCGCCCCAACAUUAAAUUAAACAUUAAAAUAAUUACAAAGUUGUUAAAAUGCUAAAAACAAAGUUGUGACUGCUGAGUAUGCGCUAUAUGCUAGUUCAGUGUUUCUCAAUCCUGGUCCUCGAGGACCCCCUUCCAGAAUGUUUUUAGAUUAACACACCUGAUUUAAAUCAUUAGCUUGUUAGGGAGACAUUCUAGAAGGAGGCUGAUGAGUUGGUUCAGGUGUUUAAAAUAAGGAGACAUCUAAAACUUUCUGGGAGGGGGUGCUCGAGGACCAGGGUUGAGAAACUUUGUGCUAGUUAAUGAUAUGUAAUAUUAGACCAUUUUUUUCUGGUAUGUAAAUGGACAUGUA